AUGGAAGAAUCAUUGUUUAUUUCCUCAAAAUAUCCCUCUUCUUGGAACAUACUGAGAUUUGAUCCGGCCGUAACCUUCUCUACCAGUUUAGUGGUCGGAAACAAAACACUUACCGUCCACUUUUUAUAA